AUGGAGGGGAAUUACAUAACAUUUGAUAAAAGUUGGGAUUUGAAACCGGAUCCCUCAGUCGUUUCAGAAUAUUGGCGAGAUUCUCCAAAUACAGAAUCCAUUUUACUCUUAAAAUCUAUUAUUAUCAACAAUUACUCCGUGGAAUUUUUGAAAACUCACGCCGGAUUUCUGGUCGCACAGUUACCUGAUUUUAAUCUCCAAAUUAACGUUCUUUCACCUUCUGGGCUUACAAGUAGACGAGGAGAACUCUACCUUGUUGCCGAUAUACUUUUAGCACUUAAGCUUGUGCGUGAGGAAUACACAUACCAGUUUGUUACCGACCGAGGUUUUAAGUAUAUAAAUAUCCUUGAAAGAGAUCGCAUUAAAUCCAUUUUGGAAGAAGUUAAAGUUUCACCAGAAUUACUUAAUUUUAAGGUAGAAUAUAGAGCAAUUAAUCCCCAUUUGGACGCUAAAAUUCCGGGAAAAACAUUGGAAACGUCCUCUAAGACUAGUACCACAAAGUUAACAGUUAAAGACAUAUUACACAACCUGUACUCAUCACUGACCAAAUUACACAAUAAUGUUAAAAAUGCAGAGUCAGAUGAAAACGCAAGAAAUGAAAACUUGCCAAAAAAGAAUAGUCAACUCAAUGAAUACCUGAACACAUUUGUGUUUGUAACAUGUAUACAAGAGAGGCCAGUGCGGACAAGAAACUCUUUAUUAACAGCACAUGGUGAAGGAUUUGAAAAGAUACUAAUGAAGGCUGACUCAAGUGCAGAUACUGUAAAGAAAUUGCAUAAGUCAGAUGCAAGUUCAUCCAAAUCGAUGAGUAAGAUGAAAGUACUGGAUGAGAUAUGUUGUAAAUAUCGCAAAAGGCCUAUAAUAAUAGUUCCAUCCGGAUCAAGCUCAAUAAUAUCUAGACAAAAUAUUAAGCAAUUAUUACAAGACCACCAAUUUAUCGACCAGCAUCAAUCUAUCAAAAAUGAUGGAAUUGUACAAUCAAAUUUGCCCAUGAAUGCAGUUGAGAUAGUACACACAGUUGGUAAAAAACAAGUGAAAUUUAGAGUUGUCGAGAAUUCAUACGUAUCGAGAUUUACCAAUCACGACUGGGUCAGCGUCGUAUGUGUCGUUCUCAACGUUAAAGGUGAACGUUGGCAAUUUAACAAUUAUCCAUUCGAGUCUUUUAUAGACAUGUUUAUGACUUUGAAGUAUAAAUUUAAACAGUUAAUCAUAAACCCAUAA